AUGAAGAACCUGGCUCCUGUUGUCCUCCACCUAUUUACUUAUUUGAUAAAUCGUGUUUAUGUACUUUUGGCCACUGGGAGCUCUGUGCUCAUCUUGUUUUUUGACCACUUUCCUCCAAAUCACCCUCCAUACCACCCUCUACCUCUGGGAGUCAUGGCAGCUGAUGAAGAUAACAAAGAACAAGUUCUUAAGGAAUGUGAGCAAACUGAAGAAGUUAUGAAAGAUAAACAAAACCAGAAAUUAAUUAGUGAGAUUACAAAGGAAAAUAUUCAGUUAAAGGAGGAGAUCCAAAAACUUGAAGCUGAGUUACAGGAGACUGCCAGGACCUCCCAGAUUAAUGAGGAUAUUCCUGAAUCAAAGAUAAAGUUCACAUCCAUGGAGAAUCCUGAGAGUGACAGCGAGUUUUCAAAUAUCUCCUAUUCAUGCCAAGUGAGCUCAAAAGUCCCUUAUGAGCUGCAAAAAGGACAAGCACUUAUUACCUUUGAAAAAGAAGAAGUUGCCCAAAAUGUGAUCGGAAUGGAACGCCAUCAUGUGCAGGUACAGAAUGAAAAUGUGAUGCUGAUGGCCAACCCAGUUCCGUUAAAUUCAGGAGUCAAAUUCCAGGUUCACGUAGCAGUGUCUAAAAUGAAAAUCAACGUUACUGACAUUCCUGAUGAACUGCCAGAAAGUCAGAUGAGAGACAAGCUGGAAUUGAGUUUCUCUAAGUCUCGCAGCGGAGGCGGAGAAGUGGAGUAUGUGGAAUAUGACAAGCAGACCCGGAGUGCCCUCAUCGCCUUUGUGGAAAGUGGAGUUGCUGACAGGAUUUUGAAAAUGAAAGACUAUCCUCUUUAUAUAAAUCAAAACUGCCAUAGAGUUACAGUUUCUCCAUACACAGAAACACACUUGAAAAAGUUUCAGGUAUUUUCAGGAGUGUCUAAGAGGACAGUGCUUCUGACUGGACUGAAAGACCUUCAGACGACAGAUGAAGAAGUUGUAGAGGAUUUCAUUAGCAUUCACUUUCAGCGGGAGAAGAAUGGAGGUGGAGAAGUUGAGGUGGUCAAAUGUUCCCUCGGGCAACCUCACACAGCAUACUUUGAAGAAUAG